UUUUCUUCCGACAUCAUCUCCCAUAAACCAAAGGUCGGUGGCGACGCACGCCACGUGUCCCCAACACGCUAGCUGAUUAAGAAACCACCAAUCCCUAUAGAGCGUGGCCAAUAAACCCAGAAAAACCGAAGAGUUUUUACUUAGUUCCCACGAACUGUUUUGGGCGUUAAUAUUGAGAAGUUAUUUACAAAGUGGCGUUCGACCGAUCAAAUAAAGAGACACAUUCGACCGAUCAAAUAAAGAGACACAUGUAUAAAUUUACAAAUCAGUAAUGGAGUCUGAGUCUUCGGAAAAUAGACAAGGUAAGACUAACGGCAGCAAGACGAAUGACGUAUUGACACCUGGACAACACACACUCGGAGAAGUUAACAUGGAAGCCACUAUCACAGCCGAUGACAUCAUGCUUGCCGGAGGAUUCGGAGCCACCGAUAGCCUCAGCAGUAUACUUCCGGUCGCGAGUGAUUUCACAGAUUUCGAAGGCCAUCUUCUUGAGGCUCGGGAUUAUGAAAACAAUCCAGAAGGCAAAGAAGAAAUUGGCUCUUCCGAAGAGAAAAAUGCAUUUGGGGAAGUAAAUAUGGAAGCUUCUAUUACGCCUGAUGAAGUUACUCGAGCUGGGGGCUAUGGAGCUAAGGAUGAUAUAAGUAGCUUUCUACCAGUCGCGAGCGAUUUUACUGAUUUUGAGGCUAAUCUGCGUGGUGCUCGUGAAUAUGAGGAUUUUUUAAAUGAGGAAAUUCAUCGUCCGGGACUUGGGUGGAGUAGCGAAACUAAAUGAAAUGUGGGUCGAAAUCGAUUAGCAUUGCCAUUGUUAAGUUUUAAAAGGCUUUAAAAGUUCAUGACUUGCUGGAUUUUAUGGUCUUUUAAUUUGGAUUUGAGUGGUAAGUUUGUUUAGUGACUCUUUUGUUUGUUAUGAUCUGAUAAUCUAUUUCAGCUACCAAAAUUUGUUGUUAUUUUAGUAGGUCGGUCUAAUGGUUAGGCCGCAUAACACAAAACCAACUAG